GCUGCUGGUGAGACAGCAGACAGGGGGAAGCAGGAGAGAAGGACGCACAGCUCAAACGCACAGAGACAGCUUCUCUUGAGUUAGAGUAUGGUGCCAAGGAAAAAUUGUGUUUUAGCUUGAUCAAAGUUUUGGAUCAUAGCUCUUAAGAGGAGACUUAACCACCAAGGAGGACCCGGGCGCUCACAUGGCUUUUGGAGAGAUACCAGUGCUUUAGUGCAGCGGAGCCAAAGAAAUACAGUCAUGAUUUGGGUAACGCUUUUACCAAUUUUGAUAUUGUGCGUAGCCGGGAACAGGACAUUGGACCUUGUGCCGUUCUUCYAUGGGCAUGUAUUUGAGAACUCGCCUCCUGGCUCGCGGGUCAACGGACUCAGUGUGCCAUUGAAGCGGCUAAACUCGAAUCAACCGUGCGGCACAGGGGGGACCGGCUCAGUGGCGACUCACUUCAAACUCCUGGGUGAAGGCAGCGAGGAUUUCCGCGUCUUUGCGCACCACAAACGCGGGCACGUUUUACUGAAAACUUCUCGGAUUUUGGACCGGGAGGAGCGGGCUGAAUACGCACUGGGUCUGGGUUCGUGCUGCGGCCAGUGCGCCGAGCUCUCCUCCAGAGACGCAGAGCAACUUGUCGCCGAGAUCGCGUCCAUCAAGGUGGACGUUCUGGACACUAACGACCACCAGCCCAUUUUCCCCAGUGCAGACGUGAAGCUGAGCCUGGAUGAUGCCACUGCGCUCCGGACAGCGGUCUGCUCGUUCAGCGCGCGGGACGAUGACAGCGGGAAGAACGCCGAGCUCAUCUACUUCACCGAGCCCAGAAACGGGAGUUUCUACGCGGUGCCCAAAUCCGGGGACAUCCUUCUUGUGGACUCCAUCCUUGGUCUGGAUGAACCGAUUAAGUUUAAAGUUUUUGCACGUGAUCGCGGGUGGCCUCCGCGCACAAGCCAAGGCAUCGCUGUGGAAAUAAAUCCCCGACAGUGGCCCGUGGCGCCCUCAAUAACACCCCAACCUGAAAAGGAGAAUCUAAACCCGCAGAGUGACGCGGGAGCGCGAAAGUCCAGGUCCGUCCCGGAGUCAGACAGUCCCGUUUUCAUCAGCGUGUCCGAGGACGCAGGGAUCGGUUCGGUGGUGAUGAACCUGAACCCGGUCAGGUUUCAGCCGGCCACGUUUGAGCUGGUGGAGCCCGACACGGAGAGCUCCCCUGUGAGCGUGAGCCGCGAGACCGGGGAUUUAGUCAUCCUGCGGAGACUGGACCGGGAGACCGAGCCUCUGCUGGAGAUCACCGUCAGGGUGCAGGAUAAAAGAGGUCCUGAGUGGUACUUGAUCAGAGUGGAGUUGACUGUGACUGAUGUAAAUGAUAACGUCCCAGAAUGGAGCAUGGUUCCUUCUCCCUACCUUGCAGUGGUCCCCCCUGAUGCUUCUGCAGGAUCAGUGGUGUACAAACUCAGUGCUCAGGAUGGGGAUGAAGGUAUCAAUGGUGAAGUGGAAUACUUUCUGUCUGAUGGUGGUGAUGGUCGCUUUGAAGUACACAGAAAGAGUGGCCAGGUCCAAACGACAGGUCUUCCUCUGCAGCGGGACAGAGAGUACCUGUUGACAGUGGUAGCUGCUGAUGGGCUGGGCAGUCGUAGUGCUCCGGCUGUUGUCUCUGUAGUUGCUGGAGCCCGGCCACCACAGUUUGUUAAUUCUUCCUUCACAAUUGCCAUACCGGAGAACACCCCUGAAGGACAGACCUUCCUGGUGACACCUGCCGUGUCCUUUCAAAAGAAACCAAUCAGCUACAGCCUUGUCAUCAACCCCAGCAGUCUCUUCGCCAUGUCAGCAGAGACAGGUGAAAUCAGCCUGACCCGCUCUAUUGAUUACGAGAGUGACCAACAUCGAUACUUGCUAUUGGUGCGAGCCAGCGAGGGCCAGGACAGUAUGAGGAGUGCAGCAGAGGUACGAGUUGUGAUYGUUGAUGAAAAUGACUGCGUUCCAGAGUUCCUCCAGUCGAUUUACAGCAAGGAUAGCGUACCAGAGACUGUUACAACAGCAACUUCCUUGUUGCAAGUGUCAGCCAGUGACUGUGACUCAGGCACGAAUGCAGAGCUUACCUAUUAUACCCUGAGUCCAGAUUUUUCCAUUUCCCCUCAUGGGACCAUCUUCCCAGCGGGGCCUUUGGACUACGAAAGACCCAAUCACCUGUAUGAGUUUGUUGUCAUGGCCAUUGACAAGGGAGAGACCCCUCGCACAGGCACCACAACAGUACGGAUUAGAAUGGCCAAUGUCAAUGAUGAGGCACCUGAUUUCUCCCAACAUAUAUACCGGACCUUUGUUUCUGAAGAUGCAGGCCCUAACACACUUGUUGCCACUGUGCUGGCAAAGGACCCUGAUGGAGAUGGGAUCACAUAUAAAAUUACCACAGGAAAUGAAGAAGGCAAUUUUGUCAUUGACAGUCAAAAAGGUUUGAUUCGUUUGCGCUCCAGCCCACCACCUCGCCUGCAGGGUAUCGAAUAUGUCCUUAAUGUCACCGCCACUGAUGACAACGCCUCAGGCGGACCUCAGGCAUUAUCAUCCACAGCACAGGUCAUAGUUGGCGUGGAUGAUGUGAACAACAACAAGCCUGUCUUUGAGAAGUGUCAGCAGUACCGAGAGAGCACAUCAGUCCUGGAAAACCAGCCAGCAGGGACAUUCGUUCUGCAGGUUCAUGCUGUGGAUGCAGAUGAAGGCUCCAAUGGCAGGGUCACAUAUGGCUUCAUGCACAAAGACUCCACUGUGCCUGCUUUCAGUAUCCAUCCAGACACUGGAGCAAUUCUGACUGCCAGGAAAUUUGACCGUGAACGCCAACGGGAGUAUGCAGUUACAGUAACAGCCACAGACCAGGCAGCUGAUCCCCUGAUUGGAAUUUGUCAGCUUAACAUUCUUAUCCUGGACCAGAAUGACAACAGCCCUAAGUUUGAGAACAUUCGAUAUGAGUACUUCCUUCGUGAGGACACCAUGAUUGGAACUAGUUUUUUGCGGGUGGCAGCUCAUGAUGAUGACUUUGGCACCAAUGCAGCCGUUACGUACAGUAUGUCCAGUGAGCAGCCUGAGUACCUCAGAGUCAGCCCACUGACGGGCUGGGUGUACGUCCACCAGCCCAUCUCACAGAGGACCUACAUCACAAGGGAAAUUGUGGCUACAGAUGGAGGGAACAGGAGCAGCUCUGUAGAGUUGGCUGUCACCAUUACCAAUGUGAAGAACCAGCCUCCACAGUGGGAUAAUGACACUUAUAGCAUAGUGAUACCAGAAAACACUGUUCGAGACACACCCAUCGUGACCAUCAAAGCCACCUCCAGACUUGGAGAUCCAAGGGUAACCUAUAAUUUGGAAGAUGGGAUGGUCCCAGAGACUAACAUGCCCGUUCGCUUUUACUUGACCCCCAACCGCGAGGAUGGUUCGGCGUCCAUUUUGGUGGCAGAGCCCCUGGACUACGAGACCACCAGGAAUUUCAUUCUGCGAGUGCGAGCUCAGAAUGUUGCUGCUGUACCACUGGCUGCCUUCACUACAGUUUAUGUCAAUGUAACUGAUGUUAAUGAUAAUGUCCCAUUUUUCACUUCUUCCAUCUACGAGGCAUCAGUCACUGAAGGAGCAGAAUCUGGAACUUUGGUUUUYCAGGUUUCAGCCAAUGACCUCGACUUGGGCCUUAAUGGCAAGAUUUCUUACUCCUUGCUGGAAGAUCGUAGUGGAGACCAUCAGUAUUUUCGUAUCGACCCUGAGCUGGGCUUCAUCUACACUCAGGCUGUGUUUGACAGAGAGACCAAAAGCUCAUACUUGUUGGAGGUUCAGUCUGUGGAUGGCUGGGAGUCAGCACGACCUGGCAAGCAUGGACAACCCAACUCUGACACAGCAUAUGUUCGUGUUUUUAUCAGCGAUGUGAACGAUAAUAAGCCGACGUUUGGACAGGCUUCCUAUGAAGUUGAUGUGGAUGAGGACGCUGACGUAGGCUUUGCUAUUCUCACAGUCAGUGCCAACGAUGGGGACGAAGGUACAAACUUCACGUCCUGGCUUCAGAUGGGAAGUGGGAAGAUUAUACAACAGUAACAGUAAAUGUGGUGAACAAGAAUGAUGAGGCACCAAUCUUCACAGUCAACGAGUACUAUGGCAGCGUAACAGAGGAGUUGGAUGGUUCACCCGUGUUUGUUUUGCAGGUGACAGCAUCUGACCCAGAUAAGGAUGCUGACCAGGAGGCCCUGCGUUACUCCCUUCAUGGUCAGGGUGCAGAGAGUGAAUUCAUAAUCGAUGAAGUAACGGGGAAGAUCUAUGCCCAGCGGACCCUGGACCGCGAGGAGCGUGCGGUUUGGCGUUUUGUCGUCCUGGCAACAGACGAGGGCGGUGAGGGUCUAACAGGCUUCACAGACGUCAUCAUCAAUGUUUGGGACAUCAAUGACAACGCACCCAUCUUCCCCUGCGCUCUCAGUUGCCACGGAGAUGUAGCAGAGAACUCUGCGACAGGAACUUCUGUCAUGGAGAUGAGUGCGACCGACCUGGAUGACUCGGCUGUGGGGCAGAAUGCUGUUCUCUCUUAUAGGAUAGUGGGCAGUUUGGACGCCACAAGUGCUGAGUUAGGAGGAGUUCCCACCUUCUCAGAAAUGUUUACAAUCAACCCCACCACAGGGACUAUAGCUGUAGGGAUAGGUGGUCUGGACAGAGAACAAGUUGAGUCCUACCUCCUUGUUGUGGAGGCCAGAGAUGGAGGAGGAAUGACAGGAACUGCAACUGCAACCAUUCUGAUCAAGGAUAUGAAUGACCAUGCUCCAAGAUUCACUGAUCACUCCUGCCUGGCACGGAUCUCUGAGAAUGCAGAACCCAAUGCAGAGGUCUUGGAACUGGCUGCAGAAGACCGGGACACUGGAGAAAAUGCCCAGUUAACCUUUAGUGUUGUGGCUGGAGAUCAAGAACAGAAAUUUUACAUGGUCAGUCUCAAGCAGGAGCAGCGAGGCAUCUUGAAGCUGAAGAAACGUUUGGACUAUGAAAGACACAGUGAGCAGAGGUUCAACCUCACUCUGAAGGUUGAGGACUUAGACUUUUCAAGCUUUUUGCACUGCUUGGUUGAGGUGGAGGACUACAAUGACCAUGCCCCUGUUUUCAUUCCACACUUUCUUGCUCUAACCCCSCUYCCUGAGGAUAUCAGCGUGGGGACCAGUGUGGCUCGUCUGGUGGCCAGUGAUUCAGACUCAGGCCAGAACCACGAAAUCACCUACAGCCUGUCAGAGGACUCAGAUCCUGAUGGUCUGUUCGCUAUUGACCAGUCUGGUGUACUCUCAGUGUCUCGUCCACUAGAUCGAGAGAAAACAGCCCAGCAUCUCUUGGUUGUCAUAGCAUCUGACCAUGGGAUUCCACCUCUAACAGGAAGUGCCACUGUUCAGCUGCCUCUGUUGGAUGUAAAUGAUAAUGGACCAGAGUUUGAGGCUGCAUACUCCCCAGUAGUUUUUGAGAAUGUUGCUGGACCACAGGUAGUAAGGUUGAACCAAACAUCAACUCUCAUCCAAGCUGUGGACAAGGACUCCCCUGAAAAUGGGCCUCCUUUUCAUUUCACAGUGCCCCCGGAGUAUCGCUACAGCAAUGAUUUCUACCUUCAGGACAACUUGAAUGGAACAGCAACACUAACAGCUUUGAGGACAUUUGACCGUGAGCGCCAGAAAGAGUUUCUCCUUCCUAUAAUUAUGAGUGACAGUGGUCAUCCAGCCAAAACAGUGACCAGCACCCUGACUGUGACCAUCGGUGAUCAAAACGACCACCCUCAUGUGUCAGGGGAGAAGCAAAUUUCCAUCAAUAGCCACAGAGGUCAUAUGCCAACAACAGUUCUUGGAAAAGUUUAUGCUCCAGACCCUGAUGAUUGGGACAACAAGACCUAUGUUUUUGAGGGGCAUAUGCCAAGUUACUUCAUCCUGAACAAGAGAACCGGUUUCCUAAUCAUUAAGGAGAACACCCCAACAGGAACUUACCAGUUCCAGGUCCGAGUGUCUGAUGGAAUUUGGCCAGAUGCUGUCUCCACUAUCACUGUACAUGUCAGGGAGCUGCGAGAGGAGGCCAUCUACAACUCUGGGUCCCUUCGCCUGGCAGACAUUACCUCAAAAGAGUUCCUUGAACUGAGAGGGAAGCAGCGGAGCCGCUACGAGCUGCUGGUGGAUUUCCUGUCUGAGAUGCUUUCUGUUCCAUCUGGUGAUGUUAACAUCUUCAGCCUAAUGGAUGUGAAGGAGCGAAUGUUGGAUGUUCGCUUUGCUGUGCACGGCGGCUCAUCCUUCCUCCAACCUGAAAAAAUGCAUGGUUAUUUGGCUGCCCACAAACAAAAGCUCCAGUCAUUCCUGCAAGUCAGUGUGUUCCAAAUCCGUGUAGAUGAGUGCCAUGAUUCAGAGUGCAUCGGUGCAGGCGGCUGCACCAAUGUUUUAAACGUGCGAGACACACCCACAGUGGUGGACUGUGGAACUAUGAGUCUAGUGUCUGUGACGGUGGAAUCCACAGCUGUGUGCUCAUGCCCAGGCAGAGAGCAGUCCCAUCAGUCCUGUGCUACAUAUCCCAGAAACCCCUGCUUCAAUGGAGGCGUGUGUGUGGAUACUCAGCAUGGUUACAGGUGCCAGUGCCCAGCUCAGUUUGAGGGACCUGAAUGCCAACAGAACAAGCACAGUUUCCAUGGCAAUGGCUAUGCCUGGUUUCCUCCUAUGAUGCCUUGCUUUGAGAGCCAUGUGUCGUUGGAGUUCAUCACAGACGUGGUUGAUGGACUGCUGCUGUACAGUGGCCCGCUCGCCCAGCUGCAAACCUGGGAUCAUGAGGAUUUCAUGGCCAUAGAACUAAUAGAUGGGACCCCCACCCUAAAAAUCAACCAUGGAUCCGGCACACUGGUGCUUCAGUUGCCAGGAAAUGUCAACGUUGCAGACAGGCGCUGGCAUCGACUGGAUGUCCGCAGCAACAGCAAGGAAGUACGUUUUACUUUGGAUCGAUGUUCAGGAGCUGCAGUAAUGGAAAUGGAAGGUCUGGGCAGCUGGUUGACUACUGAAGACCACUCUUCCUGUGAAGUGACRGGCCUUACACCAAACACUGACAGACACCUGAACAUGAGUCAAGUGCUCCAGCUUGGUGGUGUGAACGAGGACAUCCCUUACAUCUACCCUCAGCUUCAGCACAAACACUUCACUGGCUGCAUCCGCAACCUCAUUGUGGACAGCAAGCUUUAUGACUUGGGCUCCCCGGCUGACUACCAGUCCAGCUCUCCGGGCUGCCUGACCACAGACAGCAGCUGCGUCAACAUGGGCUAUCCGUCCUGUGGCCACCGUGGUCGCUGUCACGGUGAGUGGGGGUCCUUCAGCUGCCAGUGUGUUGCCGGCUACAUGGGCCACCAGUGUGAAGAAGAGGUCCCAGAGUACUCCUUUGAUGGUCACAGUCACGUGCAUUACCAGCUGGCAUCGCCACUGCCUGCUCGAAGAACAUGGAUCCAAGUUAUGGUUCGGACUCGUAAACACAGCAGCAUCCUCUUCAAUCUAAUCUCCAAGGAGCAGACAGAGUACUUGCGUCUGGAGAUUUUUCAGGGCCUCCUUUGUGUUUUCUACAAUCUUGGUGAUGGAGAGUACAACCUAACUCUGCCCAACUACCGCCUGGACAAUGGUGAAUGGCACGAGGUCUUCUUUGAUCGUUAUGACAAUGAGAUGAUGCUGAGACUUGAUGGUGGUGGAGGUCAACGGGAAGUGACAGGAUCACGGGGCAGAAGUCGAGAGAUCAUUAUUGAUCCCUCUGCUGUGAUGCUGGGAAACUCUUUUUCCUCUGGAAUCAACAAGAGCUUCCAAGGCUGUAUGAGGGACGUACGCCUCAAUGGUCGUUACAUGCCACUGGACAGCCAGCCACGGGAUGGGGUUUCCCAGGUCAAAGUACAAGGACUCUCCAAAGGAUGCUCCUCUGACUCCUGCAAAAGGAACCAAUGUAGCCCCCCCUUCACCUGUGUCGACUUGUGGAGAGUGCAUGAAUGCAGAUGUCCACCUGGCCACAUGAUUCGUGCGAACGGGACCAGGAAGUCCUGUGUCUAUACCCUGUGUGCUACGCGGCCUUGUCACCAUGGGACGUGUGUAGCCCAGUCGCCCUCCAAGUUCACCUGCCACUGCCCGGAGGGAUUCAGAGGACGGCACUGUGAGACCACCCUGGCAGUUUACAGGGAGGAGGUGGGCCUGAGCUUCAGCUCCCUCUUCGCCAUGUGUAUCUGCUUCAUGGCAUUACUGGUGCUCCUGCUGGGCAUCUUCCUCUACACUCGCUGGAGGUCCUACAAAGGGCUGAAGGAGGGCGUGUACCACGUGUCUGCACAUCACGACGGGUGGGAGGACAUCCGAGAGAACGUGCUCAACUAUGACGAGGAGGGGGGUGGAGAGGAGGACCAGAACGCCUACGACAUGGCAGAGCUACAGAAGUCGCUUCAGCCGAGCCCGGCCCAGUCGGUCCAGUACUGCCGCUCCCGAGCCCUGCACCACCCGCCUCCUUCCCACCACCACCACCACCUCCUCCACCAGGCGCCCCCGGCCCCGCCCUCCGCUCAGACCCUGGACCCCCUCAGUCGCACGUCCAGCUCCACGACCCUGCCCCCCUCCGCCGCCUCCACUUCCUCCACCACCACCACCACCACCACCACCAGCCUCCGAAGGGACGUGCCGCCCGCCAGGCCCCCGGCCCAGGGCCAGGCGCGCCCCCCGCAGCUGUCGCGGCGCUCGCUGUCCUUCUCCAGCCAGGACCUGGCUCGUUACCUGUGCGAGAUCAUCCGCGACGCCGACCAGCACCCGGACUCCGGGCCCUUUGACUCCCUGCAGGUGUUCUCCACCGAGGGAGGGGGCUCGCCCGCCGGCUCGCUCAGCUCCUUCAGCUCAGCAGGACUGGACGGGGGGAGCUCGGGGGACGGGGGAGUCGAGGCGCGCCGGGAGGAGACGCUCGGCGAGUGGGGGCCCCGCUUCGAGAAGCUGCGGGCACUGUACGAGCGAGCCGAGGCCAGCGACCUCUGAGCGUCGACAGGAGCCYGAGAACGUGCCGCCUGCAAACAUGAAUUACCAGAUGCUCAGUGACGAACGAGGCGAGAAAACGGCGAGAGACUGACUGACAGAGGCUCGCUGCUGCCAGUCUAACAGACAAACGGACGGAUCUGCAGGAAAGCAGGUCCAGGAAGACGGAGCUGAUGUUAUCUACAUCAUUAUCUACGUCAGCCUCCGCCUCACAACAAUGAAGCUGACCCUCGCGGUCAGAAACACCAGAACUGCUCAUUGACACGUGAAAAUGAGUUGUUUUGUUUUAAACCUGGGCAAAUGAGUGCCAGUCAAAAAUGUAUUUUUUAAAUCACCUUGCUGCUGAAUGAAACUUUUGUAAAUAAGGGACACGUAUUCCACGCUGUGCUGUCACAUGAUCGGAGACUGGGACCGUGUAACAGAGUUUACUUUAGUGGACAUGUUGUAUUCUUGCUGCUUGGCUGUACACAGCUUCUGUCAAUGUUUGUAUGAGAGAAACAAACAAACAAAAAAGCUUUGACUAUCGCUGGGUGCCAGGGUGAAUUUUCUUCCUUUUUUUUUUUUUUCGUCUUCUGCUGGUUGAGUAAUUCUGUGUUGGUGGACUGUUUCAAGUUCCAAAGCUCUGCGGGUUGUAAGACAUCAAGCAUUCUCUACUUAGUACUGCGCUCGCGUCUUCAUUUGAUUUCCUAUUCUCAUUCGCGUUCCGCCGCCGAUCGUUCCUGCUCACCCAAGGGGGGACCGCGGGGGCCGCACACACA